UCACUGAUCAGUCUGUGUAACAUUUGAGUUGGACCCCCCGUUUAUUUAUCUAACCCCUAGGUAGUAUUUUAACAUAGUUUUUUGAUUUAUUUCAUGAUCAUGUGAUAAUGCUAGUUUUAAUCCAACAAUUUCGUGUAACAAUAAAAUUUGAUAGAACUUACACGUUCAUAAGUUUUGAAAGUCUCAAGUUUCUCUAAAGAGUACAUUGGCAAUAACUAAUUAUCGAUGGCAGAAAAUUCAUGUCGUCGACGUAAGAAGCAAACUCAAGAUAACAAUAUUCUAGUAUUUUUAACGCCACCUCCAUUAUCUGAUAUUACGCGUCAAAUCAACAAUGCGAAUUGCAGGCUUGAAACUUCAGAACCUGUUACCCCGACUCCAGGUGUACCACCCAAGAAAAGAAUAAAAUGUGAUAAUUUACAAAAUGAUUCCCAACCUGAUUUUUUCGCGAAUAUACCAGAUAAUAUUCCAGUUUCAACAUCUUCGCGUCUAAUUAAGGACACCGAUUUGUAUUAUGGGUUAAGUUUGCAGAAUGCAUUAUUUCAAAGGGAAAUUUGGGGAUCUACUAUUAUGGGUGGUUCAACUAUGGCUUCAAGGAGAUGGAAUGUUUCGACGCGUUUUUUUAUAAAAGAUUUUAAAACCACGGAUAAUAAUGUGUUUAGAUUUCUUGGUGAUCGAAAUUUCGUCGCGCCAUUUGUUUGUUCUUUCAGUCAUGUGGCUUGUAACGGAAAGCUUUUAGCCGCAGCAGAUGAAGAAGGAAUGGUGGGAUUUAUUGAUGCUAGAUAUGACAAUACCAUUGAGCUUGAGCGGGUUCGUAAUGAAUUUCGUGCACACGAUAAUGCCGUUUUUGAUGUUGUGUGGAGUCACGAUGACUGUUCGAUGGUUACUGCUUCCGGUGACCAAACUGCAAAACUAUGGGAUGUGGAAUUACAACAAUGCAAGUCAACAUUUGGAGGACAUACUUGUAGUGUUAAAUCUGUCAAUUUUAAUCCUUUAAAUCCAAAUUUGUGGGUAACUUCUUCAAGAGACGGAAAUAUAUUUAUCUGGGAUACCCGGUUAAUUGGAAUGUGUUCUGAAGCUUUUAAGCCAAUUAUUAGCAUUCGCAAUGCACAUUCGCAUGGCAUCUCAAAGAAGAGAUCAAAAAAAAGUAGUCAACUUCCUCCAGUUAGGAGCAAACCAACCAGCAGUGUAACGGGAGUACAAUUUUUAUUGAAUCAAGAUUUAUUAUUGGCAUCCUCUGGGGCAAGUGAUAGUAUCAUCAAAUAUUGGGACCUACGAAAUCAAGACGCAUCAAGUAAUCCAACGCCAGUUCAAACAUCUGUUAACGGUUCAUUGGCCAAACGACCCCAUGGUAUAUCAGAUUUGAUUUUGGAUAAAAGUGGUACUCGUUUAUACGCCAAUAGUACGGAUAACUAUGUUUAUAUGUAUGAUGCUGCUAAUCUGGGAGCUCCUAUUGGUUAUUUUACAAGUCAAACUUACAGAUGUUCUACAUUCUAUAUUCGAUUGGCUUGUUCACCUGAUGGUCGUUAUAUUGCGAGUGGAUCAAGUGAUAAAUCUAUUUAUAUUUGGGAGGUUGAUUUUCCUGGUGCUGAACCAGUUGUUUUGAAAGCUCAUGAGAGUGAAGUUACAAGUUUAAGUUGGUCAAAAGAUAUUGAAACAAUCGCUUCCUGUUCCGAUGAUACAACUCUGCGUAUUUGGCGAAUUGGUGGAUCAAGUUAAGAAUAAAAAAUUUCAUAUAACAGGAAUGACGCUGGAUUAUGAAUUAAUAAAAAUGAAACUUAUGUAUUACUUAUUUGUAAGCACCAAUUAACAUUGAAAUAAUGUAUCGUGUGCAUAAAUUAAAAUGCAUAUGUAUAUUUUUUUUCUUAUAAAAUCAACUUGAAAAUAAAUAAU